AUGAGUCAAAAGCCACCUUUUAGAAACUCUUAUCGUGAAAGGAAAGUGGCGACGUCAGAUGCCAAAUCAUGUCUUAUCUGUUUUAAGCCUUCCACAUCCGUUCUUAUUACAGAUAACAGCAAAGACUGGUUUUACGUGUGCCCAUCACACUUAAGUGAUGCCAAUUUCUGCAGUACAGUGUAUGAAGAUGAAGCUGGAGUGUCAAAAUCAUCAGAGCAUAGUGCAUUGGUGCGAAAAGAGAGUAUUUUGAUUCGCAAGAGCAAGCGGUUAGAAUUAGAGAUAGAAAACAGCGCAAGCUCUUUCAAUAAAGUGAAAGGGUACUUUAAGUGGGGAAAGAAGAAGGAGGAAGAUACGAAAGAUGACAAUGAGGAGGGUAAGGACGAUAAGGGUGACGAUGAUGCAAAGGAGGAUGAUACGACAAAAAAGGAGGAGAGUGUGAAUGCAGAGGUGCAAUUGAAGGAACUUAAAGGUGAAAAAUUACCGGAUAUAAAGAAGGAGUUGAAUACUUUCGAAAAGCUGUACAAGCGAUACAAAUUGGACCAGGUUUUCUACCGGAACAGACUUCUAUCAGAUUAUAAAAAGCAGAAAAGAGCCCAAAUCCGGAAAAGUUUCGAAAACGGGACGCUUUUCCCAUCUUUGGACAAUCUUCCGGACCUGCCAAAACAUGAAAAUGCAAAUGGUAAAAGCGACACCACAAAAUAA